GCCCCGUGCUGUCUGCGUCUGGGUUGUCCAGGUUGGGGAUAGGCAGCAAUGUGUCGUCGCUGGCAGGCAGACCGGGGAGCUCUGUGGCCAGGAAAAGGCCUCUGCCCACCCCACUGUGUAAUGGGCUUAUGAACUCGUAUGAGGACAAAAGCAACGACUUUGUGUGGAGCAGCAGUGCACUACUGGCAGCUAGCUGAACACUUCAGCCCCAUAUGUUUUGAUAUGAUUGAAGAAGCCUAUAUGACUAAAUGUGGACACAGCUUUUGCUAUAAAUGUAUCCACCAAAGUCUGGAGGACAAUAACCGCUGCCCUAAAUGUAAUUAUGUGGUAGACAACAUUGAUCAUCUCUACCCCAAUUUUUUAGUAAAUGAAUUAAUUCUCAAACAGAAACAGAGAUUUGAUGACAAACGGCUUAAGCUGGACCCUUCGAAUGGCCACCGGUGGAAAAUCUUCCAGGAUCUAAUGGUGACUGAUCAAGACAAUCUGGAUUUAGCCAAUGUGAACCUUAUGCUGCAGGUCUUGUUGCAGAAAAAGAGACAUCUAGAAGCGGAGUCUCAUGCUGCUCAAUUACAGAUCCUCAUGGAAUUCCUUAAAGUCGCACGACGGAAUAAAAGAGAGCAACUUGAGCAGCUACAGAAGGAAUUAAGUGUUCUGGAGGAAGACAUAAAACGAGUGGAGGAAAUGAGCGGUUUAUAUUCUCCUCAUAGUGAAGACAGCACCGUACCACAAUGUGAAGUCCCUUCUCCGUCACACAGUAGCAUUAUUGAUUCAACAGAGUACACGCAGCCUCCUGGUUUCAGCGGGAACCCUCAGACAAAAAAACAGCCCUGGUACAACAGUACACUUGCUUCUCGACGGAAACGCCUCACCGCUCAUUUUGAAGACUUGGAACAGUGCUACUUUUCAACAAGAAUGGCACGUGUCCCAGAUGAUGGUCGACCUGGAAGUCAAUUAGAUGAAUUCCAGGAGUGCCUUUCCAAAUUCACACGAUAUAAUUCUGUGCGUCCCCUCGCGACACUGUCAUAUGCAAGCGAUCUGUAUAAUGGCUCCAGCAUAGUAUCAAGCAUAGAGUUUGAUCGGGAUUGCGACUACUUUGCCAUUGCGGGGGUGACCAAGAAGAUUAAAGUUUACGAGUACGGCACAGUUAUCCAGGAUGCUGUGGACAUUCACUAUCCUGAGAAUGAGAUGACUUGCAAUUCCAAAAUUAGCUGUAUAAGCUGGAGUAGCUAUCACAAGAACCUUCUGGCUAGCAGUGAUUAUGAAGGAACAGUCAUCCUUUGGGAUGGUUUCACAGGACAGCGAUCCAAAGUGUACCAGGAGCAUGAAAAAAGGUGUUGGAGCGUUGAUUUUAACCUCAUGGAUCCAAAACUCUUAGCAUCUGGCUCCGAUGAUGCCAAAGUAAAACUGUGGUCCACUAACUUGGAUAACUCCGUUGCAAGUAUUGAAGCCAAAGCCAACGUUUGCUGUGUAAAGUUCAGUCCUUCCUCACGCUAUCAUCUGGCCUUCGGCUGUGCUGGAGUCCAAUGUACUUAUUGCUGCUAACAGUCAAGGCACAAUCAAGGUACUGGAGUUGGUAUGAAACAGGGACCCAUUGAAAAUGCAAGCUCAACAAACCGCUCCUAUUGCAGUUUACCGUGUCUGCACAAAACUCUAAAUCCUCUCUAAUAAAUCUCAAAGUAUUUACCAUCAUUCUCUAACUGUCCUAAGACUUUUUGGGUGAGGGCAACACAGGAUAAGGACUGAAACAAAGGGGAGAGACUGUGAGUUUCUCAAGCCAUCUCCGUCACUUCUGUGUACUUCUGGUGCUGCUUCAUACUAUGUGGUUGGAGGGUCUGCAUCUUUUGUGCACUACAGUUGCUUUCAACAGGAGAAAAAAAAAUACCGGGAGACAAGGCUUCGUUUUUGUGAUAUUAGAAGCUAACAAUAUUGCAUAAUAAAAAUAAAGCAGUUUCUGAAGACCGGCCGUUUGUGUGAUGGGUGUGUACACAUUUCUUUAUGUUUCUGUUUGAACAGGCAAAGACCAUGAACAGCUGUGCGGAAUUCCAGAAAUGUGUCUCUUAAAUCUUAUUUUUAAUUAAUUUUACAGAUCACGUUUAAAGGUAUUUCUACACUAAUUAGUGCAGUUUCCUUUGUGAGUUGUUUCUAAAUGUAUUUGUGCAAACUCGGUUUGGAGGCUUUGAAAACAGAACAGAUUUUCCAAAAUUUAGUUCAACAGAUCACCUGUUGAAAGACAGUUCUACAUCAAUUAUUGCAGCUUUGCUUUGGUAUUUGCUCUAAUUGUAUUUAAGCAAAUUGGGUUUUGAAAAUAGAGGAGCUAUCCCAAUUAUGUCUGUAAACAAAGGGACAGUAAACACAUUGAGGUUUUAAUUAAAAAAAUAUAUUUAGUUCUGUGUUGAAAAACAAAUUUGUUAUAUAUUUUAAUUAUUUAUUUUGCCCCUUUCCAUAUAAUUUCAUGCUGAAAAUAGAACUGAAACUUGAUAUCUAGACUGCUCAAAGCUAAACCCUGUUCUUAAUUGGCUUUAACAACUGCUAAUAAAUCUAUUCAUUUUAUACCAACUUAAUGACAGUGGCUAUCCUUGUCUGCCGACUAAAGCCCAGAUUGGCUUCUCCAAAUAAGGCAAAUGAAUAGGUAGAGUGUGGCUAUUGUAAAGCAACUAAACAAGAUUAGACUUGACUGAUUUGUUAUUCUAUAGAAAACACAACAGAAAUGUCUCCAUUAAUUACAAGGUUUUUACUGUCCCUUUUUAGCAGUUGAUUUUUUCAUGCGUAUGCGUUGAUAAUUUGCAUAUUAAUGGCUCUGUAAAUUAUGCAAGUUUAAAUAUGAUUCAAUUAGAAAGCCGUUCCUUCUGUCAUCCAUCUGUAGCAAGGAGGAACCAUACAAUUGCUCAACUCUGUAGUGAUCAAGCAACAGAAAGGACUUCAGAAUUGCAGUUUGUCGUGUAUACAAGUUAUUGAAUAUGAUGAUGCUUGUGACAUCAAUAAAGGAACAUGUCUGCAAGACUUUUAGGUCUAAGAAUGUCAGAUUUAUUUUCUUAAAACAGUAACUUGUAACAUUUUGUCAAUUCACUUUAUAAAAAUUCAUACUUGCCUGUG